CUAAAAACAAAAACCCUAUCCCACGUUUUCCUCAAAAUGGGACUCAGCCGACAUCACAACAAUGUGCUCGUCUUCUCCAUUUUUUCGUCAAAAUCGAAUUGCAGGCUUCAUCAAACUCAACCCGUUCUCCAUCUCUUCGUCAGUCGAUUUCAGGAAAAACAUGGAAACCCGUCAAAAAAAAAAGGGUUUAGUGCUCAAGAAAAUUUUUAGUCCAUGCCAGGCCUCAUAUCAACCACGAACUGCGCUGCUAUGGCUUCUUAUCCUCUUCCUCGUCCAAGUCGUCCCCAUUUACAACAAAAACAUGAGGUUCCUUAAAUCAACAUUCAUUUACAGUCACUUACCUCAUCAGUUCAUGUGGGAUUUCUCCCGAAUCUGCAAUUCUAGUCUCCAAACAUCUAGAUCUUUCGAAAUCCCCAAACACGGCAUACUCUGUUCUGGCCUUUCUCGACAACUACGGGUUCACCAAAUCGCAAGUUUCAAAGGGGUUCCUAAACUUAGAAUAGCAUCAAUGUUAGCACAACAGCCUAGAACUUUCUUUACAUCUGCUGAUAGAUUUAAAAAGGUUGUUGGGGAUGUGAAGGAAACGGGGUUUGACCCUUCAAAAUCUAGAUUUCUUUGGGCGAUUCAUGCUAUUAGGGCAAUGAGCAAAUCGACAUGGAAUAAGAAGGUGGAGCUUUAUAAGAAAUGGGGUUGGUCUGAAGAUGAGAUUUUUGUGGCUUUUGAGAAAUAUCCAGGGUGUAUGAUGGCUUCACCUGAUAAAAUUUCAAGAAUCUUGGAUUUUCUUGUGAAUACGAUGGGGUAGGAAAGAAGCUACAUUGUUCAAUGGCCAAUAGUUAUCUGUUCUAGCUCAGAGAAGAUGAUUAUUCCUAGCCUCCUAGGUGUUUGGUUUAUCAGUAUUUAGCAGAGAAAGGAUUGAUAGAGGAAAAAUAUGGUUUUUGCUUCAACAAGUGGUUAAUGUAUUCAGAAAGCAAGUUUCUCAAAUGGCUUGUGAAGAGGUAUGAAGAGGAAGCCACAAAACUGUUGAAAUUAUAUCAGAAGCAUUUGGAUGAGGCAAAUUGACUGAAUCUCUCUGUACUUAUUCAUCAAAACAGAAAUAUAGUUAACUUUUUAGAUUGAAAUUAGAAAUUUUGAUAACAUUUCCAUACAGAUUCUAUAAUCCAAAUGAAGUUGGGGGUAUCCAUGGU